GACAUUUUUUUCAUAGGCAAAAAAAAAAAAAAUUUAUCUAAUGACAGGAGUUUAUUCAACAUAGUACAAAUGUUUACACAGCCUUUGACAACAACGACGACAACAUCAAAAAUUGUGCUCUCCAAAUUUAAUUGGAAAAUCAAAAUUAACCAAAUCGAAAACCAACGCGAAGAAUGUGGAAAUUCUUGAUAAACGACGCUGUGGCCUAUGUGCGCGGCAAUGUAAGGGAUUUCAGCUUGAAUGCCCUGCGACUGCUACCCCAGUUACCGCAACUAAGUCCCUAUGAUGUGAACUUGGUGCUGCGAGAGAAUGAGUUUGUCUACAACUUUCCAUUAGAGGGCGUAAUACGCAGCUAUGAGACAAAUCAAUUGGGCUCGAAUUCCCCAUGCGAAGACUCCCGCACUGAGGCCAGUCUCCUAUAUCGCCCCAAUGGCUUCGUAUGUGGCAUUUUCGAUGGACAUGGUGGUGCGGCCUGUGGCCAAGUUGUAUCCAAACGACUGCUACGCUAUAUAUCAGCAGCCACCCUGCCACGGCAAGUACUGCGCGAGCAAAUGGAACAGCCGGGCGGUUGCACUAGUCAAUCUUUUCUCAAAUGUCACAACGAUAAUGUGGACUUUGUCAAUGAAAUAAAGCCCAUCUAUGAGCAUAGUUUUCAGAAAUAUAUUAAAGAGUUGAUCGAAAUGCCAGAACGGGAUGUGGCCAGUGAAUUAAAAGAUGCAUUUCUCAAAUUGGAUGAGAGUCUAUCGAAUGAAGCCUUAACCUCCAAUGAUCCACGCACUAUGAACGUUGCUCUAUCUGGUGCUGUGGCUUGUCUAGUUCAUUUAGAGGGUCUGCAACUUCAUGUGGCCAGUACGGGGGAUUGUGGUGCUGUUUUGGGUACGCUCGAUCCAAAGACCAAUCAAUGGAUACCCAAAAAAUUGAAUCAGGAGCACAAUGUUGAUAAUAUGCAAGAAGUGAAACGCAUUUUGUCCGAACAUCCCAAAGGGGAACGCGAUACAGUGAUACGAAAUGGUCGCCUUCUUAGCCAACUGGCGCCCCUUCGGGCGUUCGGGGACUUCCGCUAUAAAUGGUCACUGGACAUUAUGAAAAAGCAAGUUUUACCUUUAGUUGGAGAUCACGGUAUGCCGCCACACUAUUAUACCCCACCCUAUCUGACCGCCCAGCCAGAGGUGCAGCAUCAUGAGCUAAGUGUGGGUGAUAAGUUUCUAGUCAUAGCCAGUGAUGGACUCUGGGAUUUUCUAAGUCCCAGCGAUGUGGUCAGUCUGGUGGGUGAGCACAUCAACUCGAAAAAGAUUUUGGAACCGAUGCGUAUACCUGAGGGCGAUAUCACAUUGAAUCAAAUCUCCGAACAAUUGGCCGAGAGGAAAGCUGGUCUAACUCGCAAGCCUGUGGAUCAAAAUGCUGCUACGCAUCUAAUACGCCACGCCCUGGGUGCUACAGACUAUGGAAUUGAACACUCCAAGAUCUCGUAUUAUUUGACUCUGCCCAAGGAUGUGGUGCGUCUAUAUCGUGAUGAUAUCACCAUUACCGUCAUCUACUUUAAUUCGGAGCACAUUGCCGAAUUAAGGAACGAGUACCACCCCCCCACGCUAAGUGAACCAGACAGUCCAUUGGCUGCGUGAUGCCUUGAUCGAUUUAUCUUAUCCUCCAUCCUUUCAAGACUUUUCUUGCAUGCAUGUGCAUCCUAUGUGUAUGUGUGUGCGUGCGUGCGUAUGUGUAUGUACAGAUCCAUUUUUAUAUUUUAUAAAAAUCUGUAUUUAUUUUGCAUUAUGUGAAUUGGAUCAACAUCAGCUAAGCAAAACAAAAAACUCUAGGCAAUAAGUGUUUCCGUUUAAGUUACGUUUGUAAAUUUUUAUCAUGCCGAAUUGUUAAUGCUAUAUCCGUUGCCCAAUUAUAGAAAAAAACAAAAUACAAAACAAAUGUUAAACUGGUGGACUUGACGAAGCCCCACAAUUAGCACCGGCUAAAUUUAAAAAAAAAUAUAUAUAUAUACUAAAAAUAAAGAGACCUCAAAUACUAAA